AGGAGCGGGAGCCUCCGUGGGAGAUUCGGGAGGAGCAGCCGGCGUGGGAGGAGCCGCGGGGCCUGGGUGAGAACGGGGCGGGACGGCCGAAGGCGGGGCCUGCGAACGCCCCGCCCCUGCUCGCCCGGGCCGCGCCGAGGAACGAAGAUGGCCGGGCGCGCCGCGGGAACGGAGGGGCGGCCGGCAGCGGCGGCAGCGGCGGCGGCGGCUCCUGGGCUGUGACUUCGCGCGCGGCGGCCACCCGGGCGACCUGAACGGAGUGGGCGGCGCGGGCAGCGGCUUGCUAGGGCGGGCGGGCGGACGCCGGUGCACGGGCGCCGGGCGGAGGAUGCGCCAGGAGCGGCGGGCGGCUCCCCGCGGCCGCCCCCGCGCCCCGGGCGCCGGGCCUUAGUGCUGGCGGAGGAGGCGGCGCGCGCGGGGCGGCCGGGCGGCGGCGGGGCCCGCGCCGUCAUGCCUUGGCUGAGCGGCGGCCGGCGGCGACGGCGGGGACAGCCGCGCGAGGCCCCGCGGGAGCCGCCGCCGUCCGCGCAGCCCCAGCGGGAACCGCCGCCGCCGGCGCCCCCCGCCGCAGUCCCCACGCCCCCAGCUCCCUCCGCGCCGCCGCCGCGGGCCCGGGAGAGCGCCGAGCUGCCGCUGCCCGCCGGCUGGGAGGAGGCGCGAGACUACGACGGCCGCGUCUUUUACAUUGACCACAACACGCGCCAGACGUCGUGGAUCGACCCCCGCGACCGGAUAACAAAGCCAUUGACCUUUGCCGAUUGUGUUGGGGACGAACUUCCUUUAGGAUGGGAAACCGUAUAUGAUAAACAAAUUGGAGUUUAUUACAUGGACCACAUAAAUAAACUUACCCAGAUUGAGGAUCCAAGAGAGCAGUGGAGGCGAGAGCAAGAGCGCAUGUUGAAGGAAUAUUUAAUUGUCGCUCAGGAGGCUCUCAAUGCCAAGAAAGAAAUCUACCAGAUUAAGCAGCAGCGGUUCGAGCUGGCCCAGGAGGAAUACCAGCAGCUGCACAAAAUGUGUGAGGAUGACAGCCGCUCGUACGCCAGCUCAUUCUCUGGAUAUUCAACAAAUACAAAGUAUGACCCACACCAAAUUAAAGCAGAAAUAGCAAGUCGUCGGGAUAGGCUUUCCAGAUUAAAACGAGAGCUGACCCAGAUGAAGCAGGAACUGCAGUACAAAGAAAAGGGGGUGGAGACCCUGCAAGAGAUUGAUCGGAAGAUGUCAAGUACUCACACCAGCUACAAACUGGAUGAGGCACAGGCUAUCAUGAGUGAGCUCCGGACCAUCAAGAAGGCCAUUUGCACAGGCGAGAAGGAGAGGCGGGACCUGAUGCAUAGCCUGGCCAAGCUGACCGAUAGCUUCAAGAACAGCUGCUCUGUUACCGACUCUCUAGUGGACUUCCCUCACCAUGCAGGCGUGCCUGGCGAUGCUGGUCUACCCCAGCAGUUCUGCGAUGCCGGCUCCCAGACUGAUAUCAUCGGGGAGUUUGUCUUUGAUGAUAAAACAAGACUUGUAGACCGAGUCAGACUUAAUUGGCAAUAUGAAGAAGCCAGAAAGAGAGUCGCCAACAUCCAGCAGCAGCUGGCCCGGCUUGACAAUGAGUCCUGGCCAAGCACGGCCGAGGCUGACAGGGACCGGCUGCAGCUCAUCAAGGAGAAGGAGGCCCUGCUGCAGGAGCUUCAGCUCAUCAUUGCACAGCGCCGCUCCGCGGGAGAUGUGGCCCGGCUGGAGGAGGAGCGGGAGCGCCUGGAGGAGGAGCUGCGGCGUGCACGGGCCACCUCCGCACAGGGCGCCACGGAGAGGAUUCUGCUUCAGGAAAAAAGAAAUUGUCUACUUAUGCAGCUGGAAGAAGCCACCCGCUUAACAUCCUACCUCCAGUCCCAGUUAAAAAGCCUGUGUGCCAGCACCCUGACGGUGUCCUCGGGGAGCAGCCGCGGGUCCCUAGCCUCCAGCCGCGGGUCUCUGGCCUCCAGCCGGGGCUCCCUGAGCUCGGUCAGCUUCACGGACAUCUACGGCCUCCCGCAGUACGAGAAGCCCGACGCUGAGGGCAGCCAGCUUCUACGCUUCGACCUCAUUCCCUUCGACUCUCUGGGGCGAGAUGCUCCCUUUUCAGAGCCCCCAGGCCCCUCGGGCUUCCACAAGCAGAGGCGGUCCCUGGACACGCCCCAGUCCCUGGCGUCGCUGUCCUCCCGCUCCUCGCUGUCCUCGCUGUCGCCCCCAAGCUCGCCCCUGGACACGCCCUUCCUCCCUGCCUCGCGGGACUCGCCGCUGGCGCAGCUGGCGGACAGCUGUGAGGGGCCAGGCCUGGGCGCCCUGGACAGACUGCGGGCACACGCCUCGGCUUUGGGGGACGAAGACUUACCAGGCAUGGCGGCCCUUCAGCCACAUGUGGUCCCCGGGGACGGGGAAGGGCCGCAUGAGCGAGGACCCCCACCAGCCAGCGCUCCCGUGGGUGGAACAGUGACUCUUCGAGAAGACAGUGCCAAGAGGUUGGAGAGGAGGGCACGCCGCAUCUCCGCGUGUCUGUCGGAUUAUUCGCUAGCCAGCGACAGUGGGGUGUUUGAACCUCUAACCAAAAGGAACGAAGAUGCUGAGGAGCCUGCCUACGGAGACACGGCCAGUAACGGAGAUCCCCAGAUCCACGUGGGACUCCUGCGCGACAGCAGCAGCGAGUGUCUCCUCGUGCACGUGCUGCAGCUGAAGAACCCGGCGGGGCUGGCGGUGAAGGAAGACUGCAAAGUCCACAUCCGAGUCUAUUUGCCCCCACUGGACUCGGGCACGCCCAACACUUACUGCUCCAAGGCUCUGGAGUUCCAAGUGCCGCUGGUGUUUAACGAAGUGUUCAGAAUCCCCGUGCAUUCCAGCGCGUUGACACUGAAGUCACUUCAGUUAUACGUGUGUUCAGUGACUCCGCAGCUGCAGGAAGAACUGCUGGGCAUUGCUCAGAUUAACCUGGCUGACUAUGACAGUUUGAGUGAGAUGCAGCUGCGCUGGCAUUCCGUCCAGGUGUUCACCAGCUCUGAACCAUCGAGGACGCGGGAGGCUGGGUGUGCAGGAGAGAGCUCCGCCCGGGACCCUGCACACACCAUCUCCAUCUCCGGCAAGACGGAUGCGGUGACGGUGCUCCUGGCCAGAACCACGGCACAGCUGCAGGCGGUGGAGAGGGAACUGGCCGAGGAGCGGGCCAAGCUGGAGUACACGGAGGAGGAGGUCCUGGAGAUGGAGCGCAAGGAGGAGCAGGCCGAGGCCAUAUCUGAGCGGAGUUGGCAAGCGGACUCGGUGGAUAGCGGCUGUAGCAACUGCACCCAGACCAGCCCUCCGUACCCAGAGCCCUGUUGCAUGGGUAUCGACUCCAUCCUGGGCCACCCAUUUGCUGCUCAGGCAGGGCCUUACAGCCCCGAGAAAUUUCAGCCCUCACCUCUUAAGGUUGAUAAGGAAACCAACACGGAAGAUCUCUUUCUGGAAGAAGCAGCCAGCCUCCUGAAGGAGCGGCCCAGCCGCCGGGCCCGAGGGUCACCUUUUGUUCGGAGUGGCACGAUUGUCCGUUCCCAGACCUUCUCGCCUGGAGCACGAAGCCAGUAUGUUUGCAGACUUUAUCGUAGUGACAGCGACAGUUCAACGCUGCCCCGGAAGUCCCCCUUUGUCCGAAAUACUUUGGAAAGACGAACCCUUCGCUAUAAGCAGUCAUGCAGGUCUUCCCUGGCUGAGCUCAUGGCCCGCACCUCCCUGGACUUGGAGCUGGAUCUCCAGGCGUCGAGAACACGGCAGAGGCAGCUGAAUGAGGAGCUCUGCGCCCUCCGUGAGCUGCGGCAGCGGUUGGAGGACGCCCAGCUCCGUGGCCAGACUGACCUCCCACCCUGGGUGCUUCGGGACGAGCGGCUCCGUGGCCUGCUGCGGGAGGCUGAGCGGCAGACAAGACAGACCAAACUUGACUACCGUCAUGAGCAGGCGGCUGAGAAGAUGCUGAAGAAGGCCUCCAAGGAGAUCUACCAGCUGCGUGGGCAGAGCCACAAAGAGCCCAUCCAAGUGCAGACCUUUAGGGAGAAGAUAGCAUUCUUCACAAGGCCAAGGAUCAACAUACCUCCUCUCCCAGCCGACGACGUCUGAUGGAGUGCAUUGUGCACAUGAAGUAUUUAUCCACCUGUUUUAUUUUCAUGAAGUACUUAGACUAGCUGAAUUUGUCUUUAAAAUAUUUGUGCAAAGCUAUUAAUAUACACAUUUUGUAAAAAAAAAAACACGUAUAUCUAUACAUAUAUAUUUUAUAAUAGUGACGGCAACAGGGCUUGGUUUUUCCUUGUUGUGAAAUCGACAUCUCUGAAGACAGGUUAUUUUAUAAAAGAUCAACUAUCAUGUUAAGAAUGUACAGUUUUUAUGCUGUUUUAUUUGACUUAAAGGCUGGAAGACAGAAACGAAGUGAGUUCAGGCAAAUUCACUGUAUUGUAAUUUAUUUAUAGUACUUUUUUUUCCUUGAAGGAAAAUACUGACUUUAAGAUGUAUUUUAAGACUGAAAUUUUGUUCUUUAGUACUUUUCAUGCAGUAGAACGGAACUUGGGGCUGGUUUUGUUUUUGACACCUGAAAUGCGAACACUAUGUGCUAAAUUUGUCACCGUAUCAUAUGUGCAUUUACCAUGUAUAUUGUACACAUUCACUCCCUUGAUGUCAUGUUGAAAUGUCCCCUGCAGUGGUUCAAUCGUGACUCGGAAGCAUGUGUGUGUUGCAGAGGUCAGUCUCUGGCGUGGGCCGCACGCCAACCGCUCAUUUCUGUGUUGCCUUUGGAAGCAUCUUUCUGUGCUCAGCGUCAGUCUGAAGCAGGCGCCAGGGCCUCUGGUGUACGGGGCUUCAGCCUGCUUGCUUGUGGUGGCUGUCUGUGGGGCUUCAGCCUGACUGUCUGUGGUGGCUGUCCAUGCUGCCCGCCUCCCCCCACCCCGCCCUGUCCGACUGUAACAGACCAGGAGGAUGGCGGAGGAACUCCUGCCACGCCACUGUGUCAUGAAGGAAAGUGAAAGGGAACGAGGAAGUAGGAAUGCCCACGCUCGUUGACUCCGUGGGUGAAUACAGCAGUUAGGACAUACACACCAUCACCUUUGAAAGUGCUUGUUUGGGGGAGGGAAGGACAUACGGGUAACUAGAACUACCCAGCGAGUCGUCCAGAGGAGAGGAUCAGGUUUGAGUCAGGAGGCUCCCUGUACUGGAGUCGUCCCACUAUUCUUCAAGAAAUCUUAGAACUAGCUUGUGAGGAAAAACAUUUUUUAAUGUAAUAAAAAUAUGCCAUUAUUCUUUGAAAUGCCAAAUGAUAUAAAUAUUUUGCCUAAUACAUAUUUAUUGUAGAUGAAAUGCACUCUUCUCGAUGAGGCCUCGAUUUGAAUCAAUGGGGUGGGCCACAGGAAAUGUCAGAGGAACCAGAACUCAGAACUCUUCCUCCUGGACCUUUCUUCCCUUCCCUUGGAGAUAUAUCCCUUUGAAUCAGGCCUCUCUCUUCUCAUCAGUCUGUAGCUUCCCCCCUUGUAUAACCUGCUUUCCUUUUUACAUUUAUUAAAAGCGGAUUUUGUAAAAGCAUUUCAUUGACACGCGACCUAUUACAGACAAUGGAAUUCGUCAGUGGUGGUAAGACUGAAAUCCUGAUGCUUUUCACACUUCUUGUCUCUUGCUAUGUAUUUCUGCCUCUAGCCUUGCAUGUUUUGCCUUUUUUUUUUUUUUCUUUCUUUUUGGCCAAUUCCUUUUUAUAUGUGCCCACAACAGAGGUGGGGAGACACGGAGCACCCUGGGUCCUUCCCAGCACUGCUGGGCAGGCCCCGUCUCCAGGCCCCAGCUGUUGAAACUUUGAAGGGCAACAAACAACCAUCCACACUGCCGGACCCUAGGCUGUUCAGGGAGGCAGCUCAUUUCCACCUCGGCCCCAGGACACCCAGCCUGUGUCCCACAAGGAUCUCUCUAAAUGGGAGGGAUUGAGGCUACUUUUCUGCCAAGCCCUAUUAAGUAGUAAUGUGGGGAAACCCACUGUGUCAGUGCAGGAAGCCCUAGACAAAUGUUUUCAAAUAAAUUUCACUGCCCAGCCUGCACAGAUUUCCAUUUGAAGUACUUCCCAUCCACCCUGACACCCAAAGGGGUUUUUUUGUUUUGUUUUGUUUUGUUUUGUUUUGUUUUUGAGACAGGGUCUUGCUUUGUUGCCCAGGCUGGAGUGCAGUGACGUGGUCAUAGCUCACUGCAGCCUCAACCUCCUGGGCUCAAGUGACCCUCCUGCCUCAGCCUCCCAAAGUUCUGAGAUGAUAGGCAUGAGCCAUUGUGCCUAGCCUAUUUUGAUUUUCUUCUUAGAGUCAAGGUCUUGCUCUGUUGCCCAGGCUGAUCUUGGACUUGCGAGCCACCAUGCCUGGCUGGGUUUUUUAAAAAUAGAAUCUCACUGAUAGCCCGCAAGAAACAGAUGCAGCGCCUGCUUCCGUAUCAGUCCAAGGAGCCCUCGUGUUUGCCACCUUUCCUUUGAACCUCCCCCUGCCUCCCUGCCUGUGUCCGCUUUUGCAGCUCAAUGCAGCCAUGACAAGGAAAGAAAAGACAAAGGAAGGCCAGAGAGCCGGGCAGUUCUGUGCAGGUGCAGAUGCAGGCAGUGGAGGUGGCCUGAGCAGGCAGAAGGACACCAAGCGCCCUAUGUUGCUUGUCAUUCAUGACGUGGUCUUGGAGCUUCUGACUAGUUCAGACUGCCACGCCAACCCCAGAAAAUACCCCACAUGCCAGAAAAGUGAAGUCCUAGGUGUUUCCAUCUAUGUUUCAAUCUGUCCAUCUACCAGGCCUCGCGAUAAAAACAAAACAAAACAAAAAAACGCUGCCAGGUUUUAGAAGCAGUUCUGGUCUCAAAACCAUCAGGAUCCUGCCACCAGGGUUCUUUUGAGAUAGUACCACAUGUAAAAGGGAAUUUGGCUUUCACUUCAUCUAAUCACUGAAUUGUCAGGCUUUGAUUGAUAAUUGUAGAAAUAAGUAGCCUUCUGUUGUGGGAAUAAGUUAUAAUCAGUAUUCAUCUCUUUGUUUUUUGUCACUCUUUUCUCUCUAAUUGUGUCAUUUGUACUGUUUGAAAAAUAUUUCUUCUAUAAAAUUAAACUAACCUGCCUUAAGAACAAA